GGUGAAACUAACAAGUUGAACUAGAGAACUAUGGCUUGUGAUAGAUAUUCAAGAUCUGUAAGAUUUCAUGAUGAUCUUGAAACUGAGAUGUUAACAGAAAGCAAAGAAAGUCACUUGUCAAUGCAGGACUAUAAGAUGAGAGGCAAACAGAAUAUUGGGAAGGAUGCAAUAAACAAGUCACUGGAAGGAAGAGAACUUUCUAGGGUCUUUUCUGAGGAUUAUGAUGCAGCUGAGAUAUUAAUAUUGGAUCCUAGGGGACCUAGAGUAAACAAAUGGAACAAAAUUUUCUUAGUAGCUUGUUUGAUUUCAUUGUUUGUGGAUCCCCUAUUCUUUUAUUUACCAGUUGCUAAGAAAGACAAAUGCAUUGAUAUGUCUUCUGGUCUUGAAGUGUCCCUUACCAUAAUUCGGUCCAUGGCUGAUGCAUUUUACAUUAUUCAGAUUUAUGUUCGGUUUCAAACUGCUUAUAUUGCUCCUUCCUCUCGUGUUUCUGGUAGAGGAGAGCUUAUUAUAGACUCUUCAAAGGUUGCAGCUAAGUACCUGCAUAGAGACUUCUGGCUUGAUCUAGUGGCUGCCCAACCACUUCCACAGGUGUUAAUUUGGGCUGUAAUUCCAAAUCUAAAGGGGUCAGAAAUGAUUGCUUCACGGCAUGUUUUGCGCCUUGUUUCCAUUUUCCAGUACCUCUUGAGGUUGUAUCUUAUUUACCCUUUAUCAUCUGAUAUUGUCAAGGUAAAUGGGGUAAUGAUGGAAAAAGCUUGGGCUGGGGCAGCAUAUAAUCUGAUGCUCUAUUUGCUGGCGAGUCAUGUUUUAGGAUCCUCUUGGUACCUGUUAUCAGUUGAAAGGCAGGAUGAAUGUUGGAAGAAAGCUUGUACUCUUGAGUACCCACACUGCCAGUAUCAUUAUCUUGAUUGUCAAAGCAUAGGUGACCCAAAUAGGGCUGCUUGGUUCAGAUCAAGCAAUCUUUCAGGUCUAUGUGAUCAGAACAGUGAUUUCUUUCAGUUUGGCAUUUUUGCUGAUGCUCUGACUUUGGAAAUCACGGGCUCAAAAUUCUUCAACAAAUACUAUUACUGUCUUUGGUGGGGAUUGAGGAAUCUAAGCUCUGCAGGACAGAAUCUCUUAACAAGCACACAUGUUGCAGAGAUAAAUUUUGCGGUGAUUGUUGCAAUUCUUGGAUUGGUGCUUUUUGCACUGCUUAUAGGCAAUAUGCAAACCUACCUGCAAUCCACCACUCUGCGGCUGGAAGAAUGGAGAAUAAGAAGAACAGAUACGGAAAAAUGGAUGCAUCACAGGCAGCUCCCUCUUUACCUGAAGCAAAAUGUGCGACGUCAUGACCAAUUCAGAUGGGUUGCUACUCGUGGAGUGGAUGAAGAAACUAUUCUCAGAGACCUUCCUGCGGAUCUCAGACGUGACAUUAAACGCCACCUUUGCCUUAAUCUAGUUCGACAAGUACCACUAUUUGAUCAGAUGGAUGAAAGGAUGCUAGAUGCAAUAUGUGAAAGGUUGAAGCCUUCUCUGUGUACUCCAGGAACUUGCCUAGUUCGUGAAGGUGACCUUGUCACUGAGAUGCUCUUCAUUGUUAGAGGACGCCUAGAUUCUUGUACAACCAAUGGUGGCAGAACUGGUUUCUUUAACUCAUGCAGAAUUGGCUCUGGUGACUUCUGUGGUGAAGAGCUCUUGCCAUGGGCUUUGGACCCUCGUCCAACUGUUGUCCUUCCAUCCUCAACUCGCACAGUGAAAGCCAUCACUGAUGUGGAAGCUUUUGCACUCAUUGCAGAGGACUUGACGUUUGUAGCAGCACAAUUCCGCAGGUUACAUAGCAAACAACUUAGGCACACGUUCAGGUUCCAUUCCCAUCAGUGGAGGACAUGGGCUGCAUGCUUUAUACAAUCAGCUUGGUUUAGGUAUAAAAGAAUGAAGGAGACAAGGGACCUAAAGAAAAAGGAGAAUCUGAUAAUGGCUUAUGUCCCUGGAACUGGUGGCACUGAAUAUUUCUCUGCACCUCUUCAGGCCCCAAUGUGCUCAAGUUUUACAACUUAUGCUGCUAAAAUAUCAGCCAACCCAAGGAAAGGUAGUAGCUUGAGAUAUGGUUCUGAACUUGACAUUCUUGGUUCAUUAAGGAAGCCCCUUGAACCAGACUUCACUGAUGAUGAUAGAUGAAGCAUUAAAAUGUUGUCCAUUAAUUGGAGAAGGCCUGUUAAUCAGUGUGUACAUCUUAAUGGAGUAUGUGCUGCUUACUAAUUAUAGUAAACUUUGUAACUAUGAAGGACUCAUAUCCCUUGGAGUAGGGCCAAGGAUGGUAGUAAACUAGAGCAGAGGUAUGAUUUUGCAUGAAUAAACUAUUUGACUACUGGUACAAGAUCCUUAACUCAAGUAGCACUCAGUUCCUUUGGAUUACUUGAUUCUAGACUCUAAUUCCAUUCAGGCCUCUUUGUAUGUA